AAUAAUCGAUAUAGUUGUUGUUUUACUUUUUAUUUGUUAGCAUCACCAAAUUAUACGGUUUAACCAAAAUAAUCAACACGAUUAUUAUCAAUUAAAGUCAAUAUAAUAUAAUAUAUUUUGUUUGCUAUCCCAUACAUAACGAGUGCAAAGAUGUCGACACGUCGCCAGGCCAUUACAUUAUAUCGGAAUUUAUUGCGUGAGUCCGAGAAGCUGCCUUCCUACAACUUCAGAAUGUAUGCAGUUCGGAAAAUACGUGACACAUUUCGAGCCAAUAAGAUGAUAAAUGAUUUUAAAGAAAUCGAUCGACAAGUAGCUAAUGCCAAACAAAGUUUGGAAUUGAUUCGACGACAGGUAAUUAUCGGCCAUCUUUACACAGCCGAAAAACUGGUUAUCGAACAAAAAAAGACAUUGCGUCCAUCAGACGACUGAGGAUUUAUCAUCGCUAUCACA